UAGAACUGCAGCUUGGAGUAUUGCUUCUUCAUCCUUUGUGAUGUAUUCCCUGUGAGUCUGGUGAUGGUUUUCUUCCCCUGUUCAGAGACAUUAGCCAUUGAAGUUGCUUUCAUUCUUUACCAUAAAUGAGUGUGAAAGUACCACGUUUUGCCCACUAGAUGCCGCUGUUCCUGCUACUGUCAUAACCACACCCUUUUAUCAAUUUUUGAUGGUCUCUUGUGUGGAUCACAACAUUUUCUUUGCAACUUUGGGUAGAAAACCAAUAGCUUUUGCUCACGAUGAAAAUAAAUUGUGUGGUCAAGCGGAUGCAAAUGGUGAUGAGCCUUCGUGUUUCAGAGCUACAAGUGUUACUAGGCUACGCAGGACGCAACAAGCACGGCCGCAAACACGAACUGCUGGCCAAAGCCCUACACCUCCUCAAGGCCGGCUGCAGCCCCGCUAUCCAGAUGAAGGUGAAGGAGCUCUACAGACGCCGCUUCCCCACCAAGAUGGUGUCUCCGGUGGACCUGGCCCUGCCCAGUGUCCACUCCACCCUGCCUGGAGGCCUCACCUCGCUGGGGUUUGACAGCCACGGGUCCCCCUCGCCCCUCUCCCUCCUGGGGCCCAAACACGAGCUGGGCCUGCCCCACCUUCCCUCCUCCCUGCACCCCGUACACUCUGACGUCAAGCUGCAGAGACUUACCUCCACCCUGCACCCCGUACACCCUGACGUCAAGCUGCAGAGACUUCCCUUUUACGACAUGCUGGAUGAGCUCAUCAAACCCACCAGCCUGGCCUCAGACAACAGUCAGCGGUUUCAGGAGACGUGUUAUGCCUUUGCAUUGACACCUCAGCAGGUCCAGCAGAUCAGCAGCUCCAUGGACAUCUCUGGGACCAAGUGUGACUUUGCGGUCCAGGUUCAGUUAAGGUUUUGUUUAUCAGAGACGAGCUGUCCCCAGGAGGAUCAUUUCCCAUCCAACCUGUGUGUGAAAGUUAACAACAAGCCCUGCAACCUCCCGGGCUACCUUCCUCCAACCAAAAACGGAGUGGAACCCAAACGGCCGAGUCGCCCCAUCAACAUCACGUCACUGGUCAGACUGUCCACCACAGUGCCCAACACUAUCGUGGUGUCAUGGACCUCAGAGAUAGGCAGGAGUUUCUCCAUGGCAGUAUACCUGGUGAGACAGCAGACAUCCACCACCCUGCUGCAGAGACUACGGGCCAAAGGCAUCCGGAACCCAGACCACUCCAGAGCUCUCAUCAAAGAGAAGCUGACUGCAGACCCUGACAGUGAGAUUGCAACCACCAGUCUACGAGUGUCUCUACUCUGUCCGCUGGGGAAGAUGCGUCUGAUGAUCCCGUGCAGAGCGUUGACGUGUUCCCACCUCCAGUGUUUCGACGCUACGCUUUACAUCCAGAUGAAUGAGAAGAAACCCACAUGGGUGUGUCCUGUCUGUGAUCAGAAGGCCCCAUAUCAACACCUCAUCAUCGACGGGUUGUUCAUGGAGAUCCUGAACAGCUGUGAGGACUGUGAUGAGAUCCAGUUUAAAGAGGACGGAAACUGGUAUCCCAUGAGGUCAAAGAAGGAGGUCACAGAGGUGUCUGCUUCAUUCAACGGAGAGGACGGUACGUGGUUCCCAUUUAGCAGACGCUUUGGUUCCCAUAAUAAUAUAAUAUCAACGGAGAGGACGGUACGUGGUUCCUAUAAUAAUAUAAUAUCAACGGAGAGGACGGUACGUGGUUCCCAUACUAAUAUAAUAUCAACGGAGAGGACGGUACGUGGUUCCCAUAAUAAUAUAAUAUCAACGGAGAGGACGGUACGUGGUUCCCAUAAUAAUAUAAUAUCAACGGAGAGGACGGUACGUGGUUCCCAUAAUAAUAUAAUAUCAACGGAGAGGAC